AUGUAUGUAUCUAUCGAUCUAUCUAUUUUCAAGACGUUCAUAUCUAUCUAUCUAUCUAUCUAUCUAUCUAUCUAUCUAUCUAUAAUACGUGCAUAUGUAUGUAUCUAUCGGUCUAUCUAUUUUCAAUACGUUCAUAUCUAUCUAUCUAUCUAUCUAUCUAUCUAUCUAUCUAUCUAUCUAUCUAUAAUACGUGCAUAUGUAUGUAUCUAUCUAUCUAUCUAUUUUCAAUACGUUUAUCUAUCUAUCUAUCUAUCUAUCUAUCUAUCUAUCUAUCUAUCUAUCUAUCUAUCUAUCUAUAAUACGUACAUAUGUAUGUAUCUAUUGAUCUAUCUAUUUUCAAUACGUUCAUAUCUAUCUAUCUAUCUAUCUAUCUAUCUAUCUAUAAUACGUACAUAUGUAUGUAUCUAUCGAUCUAUCUAUUUUCAAGACGUUCAUAUCUAUCUAUUAUUCUAUCUAUCUAUAAUACGUACAUAUGUAUGUAUCUAUCGAUCUAUCUAUUUUCAUGACGUUCAUAUCUAUCUAUCUAUCUAUUUAUCUAUCUAUCUAUCUAUAAUACGUACAUAUGUAUGUAUCUAUCGAUCUAUCUAUUUUCAAGACGUUCAUAUCUAUCUAUCUAUCUAUCUAUCUAUCUAUCUAUCUAUCUAUCUAUCUAUAAUACGUGCAUAUGUAUGUAUCUAUCGGUCUAUCUAUUUUCAAUACGUUCAUAUCUAUCUAUCUAUCUAUCUAUCUAUCUAUCUAUCUAUCUAUCUAUCUAUCUAUCUAUCUUAA